GAAAAUUCUCGAAGAGAGCAGUUUUGGGAGUGAAUAAACAGUUUCGAAUUUUCAAAAGUGCGCAAGCGUCGUGCGUUUUUUGAGAAAACGGCGUGGUACGAAAAUCGUUGUUUGAGUAUAUUUAAAGCGGCGACCGAUCGAGUACAGGAAGCAAACAGUUCUAGUGAGUCGAAGAGAAAAGUUGUUAAACUGGUGAAAAAUUCUUUAAAAGUGAUCAAAGUUAUAAUUCUAAAGUGUGUAAAAAUACAAGAAGAAAGCAGUAAAAUGUCGCAGAUUCCGAUUAGUUUUCGCAACUGGUGGGACGAUCCAUGGUUCGAUCGGCCAUUCCGCAGCCACUCGCUUCUGGAUCAACAUUUCGGAACCGGGCUGUUCGACGAUGACCUUUUCCAAUCGAUGGCCACUUGUCAUCCGAUGGACCUUCGAAGGAUGGGAUUCCAACGGUCCUGUUCCUGGUUCGGGGAUGACAUGAGACAGCUUAAUCAACGCAUCAGCUCCGGACUAAACCUGCUCGAUUCCAAGGAUAAGUGGCUGAUCAACUUGGAUGUGCAACAGUUUUCGCCGGAAGAACUGACUGUCAAAACCGUUGACAAUGCGAUCAUCGUUGAAGGAAAGCACGAGGAGAAGCAGGACGAACAUGGAUACAUUUCGAGACACUUUGUCAGGCGAUACGUACUACCAAAGGAUCUCGAUCCCAAAGCUGUUGUCUCGAGUCUGUCCUCGGAUGGUGUUCUGACUGUAACUGCUCCCAAAAAACCACAGCUUCAAGAUAGUGCGGCCCAGCAACAGAGGGAAGUGCCAAUAGUGGCACCACAGGUCAACAUUCAGCAGCAACAGACCGCCGAACGAACUAUUCCAAUCACACAAACUAAUGAGAACUCUCAAUAAUGUAUGCAGGUUACGAAAAUGAAGACGUAAAGUAUGGACCAAAUGUAUUGCUGUAAGAAUGUGAUGAAUUUUUAAACAGAUUAUUUUUUUUAAUAAACCUAUAUUAACUUUUUUAAA